AUGCCCACACCGCAAGCCGUCGCCGCGCCACUCACGGCGUGCGCGACCUUUCUCACCCUCACGCUCGCGCACCCGCCCACGCCCACCCUCUUAUCGACGGUCCGUAACACGCUCUCGUCCCUGCCCGACAUUGUCAAGAACGUCGCCAUCCGCGACGCCACCUCGAGCGUGUACUGCACCGUCGGGAUCGGCGCGCAGGCGUGGUCGAGCCUGACGCGCGCGCCGCAGCCUGCCGAGCUCGCGCGCGGGUUCCAGCCCAUCAAGGGCGCCAAGCACUCUGCCCCGUCCACGCCCGGGGACCUGUUCCUGCACCUCCGCGGACCGCGGCGCGACCUCACGUUUGAGCUCGAGCGCCUCAUCCUCGCGGCGUUUGGCGAGAGCGUGCGCGUCGCGGACGCGACGGCCGGGUUCCGGUACUUUGACGCGCGCGACCUCCUGGGCUUUGUGGACGGCACGGCCAACCCCGUCGGCAGUGCGGUGGGGCCGUGCGUCACUGUCAACGGAGACGAGGACGGCGCGGGCGCGGGCGGAAGUUACCUCGUGGUCCAGAAAUACCUGCACGACCUGAGCGGGUGGAACCGCCUCAAGGCCGAGGACCAGGAGAGUAUUGUCGGCCGGACCAAGUGGGAUAACGUCGAGCUGGACGAUGCCGCUCCCUCGGCGCAGAAAUCGCACAAGACGCUGGCGACUAUUGAUAAAGACGGGAAAGAGUACGAUAUCCUCCGCGAUAACAUGCCGUUCGGGUCGCCGGGCGAGGACCAGUACGGGACGUAUUUCAUCAGCUAUACCGCCCGCCUGUGGGUCGUGGAGAAGAUGCUCCAGCGCAUGUUUAUCGGCGUGCCAGAGGGCAAGCACGACCGGAUCUUGGAUUUCUCCACACCCGUCACCGGCGGCGUCUAUUUUGUGCCCCCUGUCGAGACGCUCGUCGCCAUGGGAGACGAUGACUAG